UUAGCCGUCGGACAGUUUAGCUGCCUGAGGCUGCUGAGCCUUCUCCCGGUCACCGUGCACGCUGCGGAACCAGAGGGCGCCUGCCGUACUUGGGAGACUGGCCCGCUGCUUCGAUGAGACGCCUCCUGCCCUCACUCAGGCAAACCCAGUGGACCAUCCGCAUUCAUCGUAUCCACACUCACGCUGCGCACAUUUCAGCUUCCGUUGCUGAGGCUUGUUUCUGCACCGCUGCGGUAACACAGUUGUGUUUUUUUAAAAUUUGGAUUCCCCUGGCGAUGGUGAGGGAGAGUGAAGGUCGAUGGUUUGUAACUGAUUGAUGUUCAGACGCUCGGUGAGUUGGUAAUGCAUGUUGGACCUUCUCCCGAGUUACCGCACAUCGAUAGAUUGGAUACUUCCUGAAGAGGGGAGGGUAAGGUGAACGGCGUGAGAGGCGGUAAAACCUGGAGCUCGCAUGCGGCUUCGUCGAUUAUACUAAUGCAGAGUUCCAGAUACUCAUACUGUCACAAUCAAGACCAAUAUCCAUCCCUCAGAUGCAGCACAAAUCGAGCAUUUCUGAAAAAACACAAUCAAGUAUACUUCAGAAUAUAAGGUGGCCAACAAUAUGUAAUGAAGAUUAUUGUUAUCAAGAUUUCCUGCACUCCAUUGCAUCCCAUGGCAAAGAAUAUUUAUUUUGUUAGAAUUUUGAAUAUAUACCAGAUUUAAAAUCAUUGUUAGUGCAUGGAUAUAAAAGCUUCCAAUUCCAGCCUAGAAGCGAAUGAGCGACACUUUCACAAUGAUUGAAUGCAACAAAACACUCUUGGAGAGAUGCAUCCCUGAGUUUUUAAAUGUGACAAAUCCAGUUGUGAAUUCAAGCAAGACAAAUAUUCCCAUCUUCAUAAGGAUAAUGCUUGCAAUAGUGAUGAUGUCAAUGAUUGCAAUUGGUCUCCUUGGCAAUGCAAUAGUGUGUUUAAUCGUGUACCAGAAGCCUGCAAUGCGCUCGGCAAUCAACCUUCUCUUAGCCACCCUUGCAUUUUCUGACAUUAUGCUAUCUUUGAUGUGCAUGCCUUUUACCACAGUCACCAUUUUAACAGUUGAGUGGAUCUUUGGGGGUUAUUUUUGCCGGGUUUCUGCUAUGUUUUACUGGUUCUUUGGCUUAGAAGGUGUGGCAAUUCUUCUGAUAAUCAGUGUUGACCGUUACUUAAUCAUUGUGCGACGACAAGACAAACUAAAUACCUAUCGUGCCAAAAUAAUGAUUGUCAUUUCAUGGACCAUCUCCUUCUGUAUCUCCUUUCCAUCGGUGAUUGGCUGGACUGCAGUGGAAGUACCUACCCGGGCACCCCAGUGUGUCCUAGGAUACACAGAGGUGGGUGCUGACCGGGUUUAUGCCUUGCUCUUGCUGGUGACGAUGUUUUUCAUUCCUUUCAGCGUGAUGCUGUACUCUUACCUCUGCAUUCUGAACACAGUGCGAAGAAAUGCAGUGCGGAUCCAUAACCAUGCAGAUAAUCUCUGCUUGAAUCAAGUAAGCAAGCUCGGAUUAAUGGGUUUACAGCGACCUCAUCAAAUAAACAUUGACAUGAGCUUCAAAACACGAGCCUUCACAACUAUUUUAAUCCUCUUCAUUGGCUUUUCAUUCUGCUGGUUGCCAUACACUGUCUUCAGUCUCCUUUCUGUUUUCAGCAAGAACUUCUAUCACAGUCACUCCUUCUACACCAUUAGCAUCUGGGUCUUAUGGCUAACUUACCUGAAGUCAGUCUUCAAUCCCAUCAUCUAUUGUUGGCGCAUCAAGAAAUUCCGGGAAUCCUGUGUUGAACUCAUGCCAAAAACAUUCAAAAUCCUACCAAAGUUACCAGGCCGGACAAAACGGAGAAUCCGUCCCAGUACAAUUUAUAUUUGCAAUGAUCAUCAGUCAGCUGUAUAAAGUAAAACUUUUUUCAAUAUGUCUUUAGCAAAUACGAUAAAGUAGAAUAUUUUCCUGUUAUAUACACUUGAUAUUUAUUGUAUAAAAGCCUGCUCCUAUGAGGAUUGGUUGCCACUAUAUUGUAAUUUAUUAAUACUGAUUAUCUGUUUGUUAGUGUUCACAAUUAAUGUAAAUAUGACUCUUCUGGUUCUGGUUUAACUCCAUUAGUACCAUUAUGAAAGAUUUUUGAAAAUAUUUUCAUGAAAUAGAUAUGAGUUUUUCAGGAUUUUACAUUGAGUAGUUGUGGUAAAAUAACAUUGUGGAUCAGCAUCUCAAAGCACAUGAUUAGUUAUACUUAUAAAUUAUUGGUAAUGAAAACAGGAAGCUUUUAUAACAUGCAGCCAAUUGACACAGUUAGGAAUAGGAUUAAUAUUUAAAAGCAACAAUAGGGAAGAGAAUCUGUGGGCCAUUUGUGGAAGAAUAUGAUUUAACAUGUAGAUCAUAGAACACAGGACACAGGCCUUCAACCCACUCAGUUGUGCCAAACUGAUAAAGCUAACAAUGUCUAAUUAAACCUCUCAUAUUAAUGCUAAAUUGUGAUCUUUUUUAUGUCUGGCCCAUGGACUCUUUAUAUAACAAACUGUGUUUGAUUAGUUUAAAAACAGAAGAAAUCUGUAGAUGCUGGAAAUCCCAAGCAAAUUGCACAAAAUGCUGGAGGAACACAGCAGGUCAGGCAGCAUCUUUGGAAAUGAAUAAACAGUAGGCAUUUCAGGCCAAGACACUUCAUUGGGACUGGGAUUUUAAAAAAAGUCUCCUCUUUCUUUCUAGUCCUGAUGAAGGGUCUUGGUCCAAAACAUCGACUGUUUACACUUUUCCAUAGAUGCUGCUUGGCCUGCUGAGUUCCUCCAGCAAUGUGUGGGUUGCUCAGAUUAUUUAAAAUCCUUUAUAAACUUGCAUAUUGAUCUUAAACUGUAUUAUUAUUUAAUUACUUUGUAAGAGGUACAGCAAUAUAAUUGCAAGAAACUCAAACAUAUAUCGUAUUAGUCCAGUUUGAUCACUUUAAUGUAGCUUCUAUAUCAUAAUGUUCCAAAACUUUUCAUCAUUAGCCAAUAUGGUAACGUCUUAAAAAUUCAAUUCCAUUUUAUCAAAAAUAAUGAAAUGGCUCUUGGUCAUGUCCUAGCACACAGACUCCCUAAGGGACUCACUAUCAGAAUGUAAGCAUCUUUGUAUCUCUGAUGGUUAGAUUGCCAGUCCUGUUGAAGGAUAUCAGCCUGAAUCAUAAACUGUACUUUUUUUCCAUAGCACUCAGCAAGCUGCCUGGCUUGCUGAGUUCCUCCAGCAUUUUGUGUGUGUUGCUUGGAUUUCCAGCAUCUGCAGAUUUUCUCUUGUUUUAGAUUGCCAGUUCCUCUCCUUCAGCAAUCCCCUUAAAAGAGCGGCCAACCUUUAAUUUUAAUUAAUUCUGUCUUUGGGGUCAAGCCUUUGAAACAACCAAUGAUCAUGUGGAUGCUAGAAAACCAAACAUAGAUGACUCACAUCCUUUGCCGAUGCUUGGUGUUAGUACUAGUCUUAGAGCUGAUGUUCAGUCAUGAACUGCACCUCUGUUUCUGUCCCAUUACCCCUUCAAACACACAAUUGUUAGAAAACUCCCCUUUCAUUGGCAACUGCAAUGCAGAUACUUAGGAGAUGAUGGAAAGGAGGAAGAUAAAUUCCUUUGUGGGAAAUGCUGCCUCCUAUUAAAAGCAGAGGCCAUGGUUUCCCGAGUGGAAGUAGUGGAGAGAAUCCACAGAACAGUUAAGAUCGAGAGCACCUGGAAACAAAUAAGAAAACAUUAAAUCACAGUUCCCAAAAAUUAAUGUCUAGGUUUUGUAUAAAUUCAUAAAUACUGAAAUAAUCUUGUGGUUUGUAGCAUUUUGGGAGUGUGUCAUGGGCAACACCUAAACUUGAAAUGUGUUUAAACAGCACAGGAGGGCAUUGUAUGAUGAUAGAAAAAGUGCAGAAGUGUGCUCCCAGUAUUAUACAAAGCCAGGACUUGAAGCACACUGCCUUGGUCCUUUUCUGAAGAUACUGGAUGCCUGGCUGACUAUAAUGUGGUGGCAUUCAAGUGACAGAGUUAUUCAAGGGAAGGGUCAGUAUGAACAAUUGACAACUACAUCUGAUGUAACUUCAGGAGCUGGUGAAGAUCCUGUUCA